GCAGCCGUAGGCCGACAGGACAAUAGGGCAAGUCAGGCUGACAGAGGUACUUGACGAAGCAGACAGAAGCACCAGCAAGGUGAUAUUAUUGUGCGCCGUGUGCAUCUGGCAACAAAGCGUUGAAUCUGCACUAUUCAGAGAUACGAUUUUGCACAGGAAAUCAGACCAGUCCUGUGACGGUUUAUCCUGCUAUACAAUUAAAGUUUCUGCUGAACGGAAUGACAGCACCAGCUAUUGCAUCAGCGCAAUCUGAAAGGAACAACAGCAGUCACCAGAUCCCUGUGCUCCAGGCAUCUCUCCCAGGCAGAAUGAGCUCCUCUCUCCAUGGGUCCCACGGGUCUGGGUCCCGCGCCUCCAUCGACAUCCUGGAGGAGCUGCAGCUCAUUGCUGCCCAGAACCUGGAGAAGCUAGACAUCAGCAAGUACUAUGAGGUCAUCAGAGAGCUGGGUAAGGGUACCUAUGGGAAAGUGGACCUYGUCAUCCACAAAAUCAGAGGCACUAAGAUGGCUCUGAAGUUCRUGAGGAAGAAAACAACCAAACUGAAGAGCUUCUUAAGGGAGUACAGCAUCUCUCUCUACCUGUCUCCCUGCCCCUUUAUCAUCAACAUGUUCGGCAUUGCCUUUGAGACAGARGACUACUACGUCUUCGCUCAGGAGUAUGCCCUGGCAGGAGACCUCUUCGACGUCAUUCCCCCUCAGGUGGGUCUUCCAGAGACMGUGGCUAAGCGUUGUGUCCACCAGGUGGCCAUCGCCCUGGACUACCUGCACUGUAAGAAGCUAGUCCACCGGGACAUCAAGCCUGAGAACAUCCURAUCUUUGACAAAGAGUGCCGUAAGGUCAAGCUGUCAGACUUCGGCAUGACACGGCGUGCCGGUUCCCCAGUGAAGCGUGUCAGCGGAACCAUCCCGUACACAGCACCGGAGUUGUGCGAUGCCUCGCAGCACGAGGGCUUCUGCGUGGACUACAGCACUGACGUGUGGGCCUUCGGUGUCCUCCUCUUCUGCAUGCUCACCGGCAACUUCCCCUGGGAGAAGGCCCUGCCGUCGGACGCCUUCUACCAGGAGUUUGUGCGCUGGCAGCGGCGCCGGACGGGCACGGUGCCCUCUCAGUGGCGGCGCUUCACAGACGAGGGGCUGCGCAUGUUCCGCAGGCUCCUGUCCAUUGAGCAGGAGCGCCGCUGCUCCGUUAAGGAGGUUUUCAGCUACUUCAACCACCACUGGAUGCUGGACAAUGAGCCGGGUAGCAGCAGCGUUGCGGGAGGAGGGUCAGUGGGUAGUGGGCCCCAGGUGGAGCUCAGCUCGUCGUCAUCUGAAGAGGAUGUGCUGGUGGACAGGCUAAAGCAGCAGAGCCUGAUAGAGCCCAUGGGCGGACACUACUCCUCCACUGGCUCCCCCUCCUCCACCAGCAGCUACGAACGUGUCUCCCGUGACAACGGAGGGACCGGACGCAUCUUGGUGGCCACGCCCAUUGAAAUCUGUGUGUAGAGAUUGGCUAUGGCACCCACAUACACACACUGUAUAAACACUAACAUACGAAGGUCAAAUAACAGAGAACGAUCUUCCUGGUUAAAGGAAGAGGUGGGAGAACAGCCUGUUACUAGAAGUAACAUAGUAAAUGUACAUCCUCAACACUGAAAUUAUUAUGAUAUGUUACUUUUUGUAUGGUUACAUAAGACAGAUGGUUACUUAAGGCAAAAACGAAAGUAGGGGGGUUGGUCGGGCAUAUAACUCGAAUGUCUAGCAACCCAAAGGUUGCAAAUUUGAAUCUCAUCAUGGACAACUCUAGCAACUUUUCAACUACUUACUA